AUUUUAGAACCCCCUUUACAAGAUGGCCACUUCGGUGGAUGUUGACGAUACAAGCUGGAUGCAGGAGCUGGAGACUGCUCUUCUUUCGGAAUGUGACCUGAAUACCCUUCGCCAGGUUUCCAAGAUGAAACCUGUUCCAGAGUGCUUUCGCGCCUAUGUUUGGAAGAUAAGCCUUGGUGUCAAAGGUAAAGAAGUUGGUGACUGGGAUGAAAUUUAUGACCUGGCUGAACAGUCCCUGAUAAGGAAGGACUGCCAAGCACUUGUUGAACGUUUUGGCAAUGAUGACGAGGAAAAACUGUCGGUGCUGUGUGACCUUGAGUCUGUGUUGACACGAUUCUGCAAGACAACUGGCUUCCGCUAUGAAAGCACCAAUGGCUGGAUGGAAGUGCUGGAGCCCCUCAUUGCUCUGCAUCUAUCAAAGACUGAACUGUUUUUUUGCCUCCAUGCUCUGAUCACCACCUACAUCCCCAGGCACUGCUUCAAGGAUGGGUCUCCCUUCCACUUGCUACGGCUGUUGCUGCUGUACCACGAUCCAGAGCUGUGUUCCUUCCUCGACACCAAGAAGAUCACGCCUGACUCUUACGCCUUGCCCUGGUUUCGGAGUUUGUUCUCCUCCACCUGUGACCUGAAGGUGAUUCAGGCCAUGUGGGACAUCUACCUCCAACUGUCUGACCCAUUUCUCCUGUUCUACCUCAGCCUGGUGCUCCUGGCAAAUACCAAAGAAGAAAUUAUGUCAAGAAAGGAUGACAGCAAAGCAGCUCUUAUCGAGCUCAUUUCAUCAGCUCCAUGUGCCUUAGAAGCAGAGGACAUAGAGGACUUUUGUUCACUCGCCCAGUUUUACUCUACGCGAACCCCUCAGUCCUUUAGCAGAGAGUAUCAUGCUAUCAUUUUUGGCUCCGAAGAAUGCUUGGACAGGGAUCUACCCCAGGCCCUGUGCUUGCCUGUGUCAGUUUCAGAACUCGUUACUUCCAAUGGACUGGACAGGCACUCUCUUGUGCGGUACUUCGUGGUGGACUGUAGGCCAGCAGACCAAUACAACAGCGGCCAUUUGAAAACAGCCUUUCACCUGGAUGCUAGCUUGAUGCUUCAAGAGCCCCGUGCCUUUGAGACUGCGGUGCAGGCUCUGUUUGCGGCCCAGAAGCAGGCGAUGGAGGCCAACUCGGUGGCCAGCGGGGAGCACCUCUGCUUCAUGGGCAGCGGGCGGGAGGAGGAGGACCAGUACGUGCACAUGGUCAUCUCCAGCUUCCUUCAAAAGCAGCUGCAGUACGUCAGCCUGGUCAGGGGAGGCUACAAGGCACUGCACGAUUUUAUUUCGGAGGACUUGGACUCCCAUCUGUCGGACCACAAUCCGAGGCUAUGCAUUGUGUGCUCCUGCUCAAGUGCCAGUUCUACCAAUGGCAUGGAUGAGGAUGAUGUCUCUUUCUUUGCAAAGGUCACAACCGUAUUCAGGAGCAGAGCAACUGAUAUGAAAGAAAAGCUUGUAGACUACAUCACAAACCCCCAGCAGCCAGUUGUUGAAAGGCAUGUGAGCAGCUCCGACAAGCUCGGUAAGCGGUACAGAGGCAUGGCUCCCGUGUUCAGCAUUGAUGAUGAGCAUGAUGACAUGGGUGGCCACGGAGACUUGGAUAAGCAUGUUCAAGAGGAGGAAAGCAUCAGCACCUGGGUGAAGAAGCCUGAUGUCUUGGGACACUUCAAGUGUGAGGAAAUCAAAGAGAAUGGACACCUUUACCCAAGUCACCUGCUAGUGACAGAGUCCCACCUUUACCUACUGAGAGAAAUCAGCCACAAGAAGGGCAGUGCCCGAAUAGUGUCCCAGCGUCCCCUGCUCUCAGUGCUUAAGAUCACCAGCAAGAAGCAGCACCCUGAGCUGAUCACUUUCAAGUAUGGCAUCAGUGAUGACGCCACAGGAACUUUCACAGUGGUCUCUCUGGAGCGCCUGGUCAUUCCCAAGGCCAAGGAGGCCACACAGUUGGUCAAGGCUCAGAUCACCAAGUUGCUGGAAGAGAAUGAAGAGAGGUAAUGAUAGAGAUGUCUUCUCCGCCACAGCUCCGAACGAGGGGGAGGGCUGGUCGGACAGGCGCCAUGUCGUGAGGAUUGCUGGAGUGGACUGCCUGGGACGUGUAGGAAGAGAGGAUGGGCAGGGAGGUUCUAGAUAAAGGCUAAAGUGUCUUAACUCUGACCACUUUUUUCCGUGCCACUUAAAUUCGGUUUAUGUAUGAGUAAAGGUGAGAAAGAAAAAAAAAAAAAAGGAAGGAAAAUGCUCUCCCAGGAGUUAAUAUAUAUAUUGGAAUGGUGCAGUCUGAUUUUAUUUGAGAUGGGCACAAACUUGUGCAUAGACAGAAUGCUUUUACCUUUCCUGGAUAAAUUUGUGUAUUUUGCUUUGUACAAAGCAGGAGUGACAAUAGUAACAUUUUUGUUGUUCCUGGUAUGCUGCAUUUCAGUCAUCAGCUUUGUGUAAUAGUUGUAUGUCUCGGUUAUGUUGUUUUGGGGGGAAAGCUGCAUGCAGAAUUGAGGUAAUUUUCAUUAGGCUUGCUUUUUCUGUUGUUCUGAUGUUUCGGAAUAUCAUUGUUUUAUUCUCAGCCUUGAGCCUUGUUGAUUUUUUUAAAGCACAACAUUCCUUCUCAAGUGUGAACUGGCUUGCUUUUUGUUAGAGCUCUACAGAUGACUUCACUCGGUCAUCUUCUAUGUUUGUAGUUGUUUAAUAACAAAGUACAAGAUCAAGACUGUGCAUUCUUUGAGGAAAGUUUCUUGUCUUAUGUAGUACUUGCACUCGGAAUUUUUGUGCUUGGGCAGUUUUCUUUUAGAAGCAAAACCUUUUGCUUUCUUUGUCAUUGCUUUUCCUUUUGUUUAUUUUUGUAGAUAAAUAGUACUAUCACUUUUGACUGGCAUUCGUUUUUAAUGCUUGCACAAAUACUAUACCGCUGUGAUUGAUGUGUGUGGAAAGAAAAGAAUAUGCUUCUAUAUCUAAACAUGUUGAUGCUAAUUUAUAGUUCAGCUGUAGUCUCAUAUUAUAAAUGCUAUUUAGCGUAGCCAUACUUCUGUUUUGCAUUUUCCGUCCGGCUUCUGGCAUCCAUUAAACCUUAAAAUUAAAAUGAGGCUUCACUGGUUGGAUGUGCAAGGGUUUAGAAUGGGCACAAAUAUACACAAUGUUGAUAGUUGCAAAUGUCUCUGCUGCUGUGCCAUUGUUCAUAACCUAGUGCCAGCAGAACCCGAGUGCUGAUUUGAAGUGCCCGAGAUUUAAUAUUGCAUUGCCAGCUGUACAUAGUUUAGAUGGUGUCCUGGAUGGAGAACUCUUCCGCUGUACAAUCUGCUUGUGUCCACCAAAUUUUUGUGUAUAUGCGGUAGUCCUAAGCAUGCAAGUAAAUGUGAUAUUUGCUGUCACUGAACUCAAAACCUUGACAAUUGGAGGCUUGUACAUUCAUCGGUGCUGAAUGAUGUUCCUUGGCAUCAAACGAAUGUCUUCUUUUCCUAUGCCUGUGCAUACGAGAAGACUAACAUUUAGAAGAUGUACUGUAUUCCACCCGUGGGAAUAAACAUUGUUUUAUUGGGGAAUCAGACAAUA